CUGUCAUCGAACAGUGACGUGCAUUUUGGGCACGAUUCGUCAACAUUGGAAGAAAAAAAAACCAGAACGCACGGAACAAAAGGAUUUUUAGUCGAUUCUCUCCUCAAACCACGGUUGACCAUACGAUUGGCCGGACCGGACUGCAAUGACCACGGACCAGCUGUAAGAACCCCGCAACAACAAUGGUGUACGUCGCAAGGGACGGAACCGUCCAUCAGUCCCAACCGUGGGGCGUCCAGCGCCUCCUGGGACUGAUUACCGGAUUCUUCAACUUCUUUGUGAUGUUCUUCAAAACGCUGUUCGGCGAUCUGAAGCCGAGCGGUUCCGGGGACACCGCGUCCAGCGGUAGCUCCCGCCGAGGUGGCGGCGGUGGUCCACCCGGACCACCGGGAGGCCCGCGCCAAAGGCCAAUCGGCCGGAUGAUGACCCUGCGGGAUUGCACGAUCCCCGGGGGAGGAUGAGCGCGGUAAAGCGUUCGGUAGGAGGUCCUGCCGAGCGCCGCUCUAAUCCGCGUGGAAUCGACUCCCGGGGCUGUCUAAAAGCGUUUUUUUGUCUUUUGUAUGACGAGCAAGCUCUAAACCUACGCUAACCCACAGGCGGGUUUGCUCCGAAGAGGACACUCCGGGAGCGGUUCAAAUUAUUGGGGGUGAGGAUUGUCCAGCGGUGAAUGUUUGAGGAAAAUAAUCGUUGGUGGACAAUUUUCGCCCGCAAAACUUCUUCGUAAUUCUCAACAUUAAUUGGUGUAAUGUAUAGUUUCUACUUCUCUUGUAAUCAUAACUAAAUCCAUAGUAAAUCUUUCCCUAAAACUCGAA